AUGUACAUGCUGAGGAAUGUGGUCCCGUUCCGGAGGUUUUCUUCGGUGGAAGAGGAGGCAGGACAAUGGGAGCUGCACAGGUCUCCAGUCCCAAAGCCUCCACCGGACGGGGGAUGGGGAUGGGUCAUAGUGUUUUCGUCCUUCAUCUACAACGUACUAGUUCUGGGCUUCCACAACUCAUUUGGCGUCUACCUGAUCAGUCUGAUGGAAACUUUUAAAGAGAGCAGCUCCAAAACAGGCAAGUCUGCUGUUCCUGAACAAACUUGGGUGGGUUCCAUCAGCUACGGCUUCAUCAUAAUCUUCGGCCCAGUCUCAGGGAAGCUGACGGUGCGUUACGGAGCCAGAGAGAUUUCCAUCGCGGGCUCCAUCAUCAUCCUCAUCUCCAUCGUCUGCUCUUCCCUCGCUCCGUCACUAGGGGUGCUCUUCUUCACACACGGCUUCCUGACAGGACUUGGCUCCAGCUUCGCUUUCACUCCGGGUAUGAUCAUGGUGAGUCAGUAUUUCACCACUAAGCGUUCUCUGGCCACUGGAAUAGUGAUGUCCGGCGGUGCUGCAGGCGCUCUGCUGCAGACCCGCCUCCAUCAGUACCUUAUCGACACGCUGGGCUGGAGACAGAGCCUGAGAGUUUUCUCCUCCUUAAUGCUCCUCUGCGUCAUCCUCGGCUACACCUACCUUUCUCUCAACCCCAAAGGACACAGCAGCAGUGUUGUAGAUAACCUGAAGAACUCUCCUCUAAAGAAGUUUGUGAUAGACCUCGGCCUGUGGAAGGAUUCCGUCUUCCUCCUCUGGGUGCUCGCUAACGGACUCUGCAAAUUUGGCUUCUUUAUUCCAUACGUCCACCUGGUGAAGCAUGCUGUGCAGCUGGGCAUUCCCCGGGUCAGUGCUACCAACAUCAUGCUAGUGCUGGGCGUAAGCAGCAUGGUCAGCCGCAUCAUCUUCGGCCGAAUCUGCGACUCGGACAGGAUCAACCGCCUCUACUUCAAUCAGGCUUCCGUGUUCUUCGUGGGUCUGUUGUACCUCUUCAUUCCUCUGAUCUGGUCAUACGGUGCCCUGAUGGCAUUUGGCCUAUUCCUUGGAAUCGCAGAUGCAGGGAACUACAUUUUGCUCCCUGUGUUGACAUUUGACCUCAUGGGGGCCGAACGCAUGCCUGUGGCCUGGGGUUUUAUGCUGACCGUGAACGCCGUCAGCUGCCUGGGACCACCGUUCGCUGGUUGGAUGAAUGACAUCACUGGCAGUUAUAACCUGGGCUUCGUGGUGGCGGGAGCCUUGAAUGUGGUGGCCUGCUUCGUCUUGGCCUUCAUCCCGCUGGCCAGGCGCUUGGCCAGACAGACCCGCAGGAGCAUCAUCAACGUCACCAUUGACAACAACACCCAUGAGCUCACAGAGUGGACGAGCGGCCUGCCCUUCACUCAGGAGGAGCCUCCACUGUCGAGAUACGCGAGAUAUUUCUCUGCGACUACAUUCCGCAGUCCUGAGCUGCAAGAGGUGGUGCCGUCACAGACGUCAGUGCUGGAAUAG